AUGAAGCAAAGGGGUCGCGGAGCAUUUACAGAACAUGUUGCCAAGGUUGACGGAGUUGAUGUAUCGGUAGUUUCCUGGUUUGAAAACAAAGUUGUAACUUUGAUGUCCAAUUUUAUUGGAAGUGAACCUUCAAUUGAGGUUAGAAGAUUUUCAAGAAAAGAUAUGUGUCAUAUCAACAUUUCCUGUCCGGGAGUAGUCACUAUCUACAACAAGCACAUGGGGGGAGUCGACUUGCUUGAUUCUCUACUUGGCUAUUACAGGAACAAGAUUUGGUCAAAAAAGUGGUAUCACAGGAUCUUUUUCCACUUGAUUGAUAUGUCCAUAAUCAAUGCCUGGAUUCUUUGGCAAAAGCGUAAUCCGUCAACUCCACUUGUCAAAUUCAAAUUGGCGGUAGCAGAUUUGUUGUCUAAUUACCAGGUGUCGCGUAAACGAAAAGCAGGUCGCCCAUCACUUGCUGACAUCACACAACGUGUUGGCUCAAAAAUUGCCAUUACUCAUGAAGCAAUUCAGUCUGAUCAAGUUGGACAUUGGCCCAUUUUCAAUGAAAAGCGGCCUCGUUGCAAAUAUGACAAGUGCUCUGCAUUAACAUAUUUAUUUUGUGAAAAGUGUGACACUGCUCUGUGUCUUAAUAAAGACCGCAACUGUUUUAAAGCUUUCCAUCAAUAG